AUGGAAGCUUCAGAAGCCUGUUCAUCGCAUUCCUCUUCUUUGGAUGCACACAAUGAAUGUCCAUACCGGGAAAAAAAGUCAAAUAUUAAUCCGUGCACAUUGAUGCCACAUCCCGAAAUCUUGAACGCAACUUCAAUUGACGGGAUUUCAUCUCCGCUCUCAAAAGGCCUAUCCACAGAGAGGGAAUCAAGCACGAUCCCCAAAGUAACUGCACCUGGACAUGUUGAUGAAACAUGGAAGUAUCCAUCUCCCCGAAUGUUUUAUCAUGCUCUUUUAAGGAAAGGCUACGCCACAGAUCCACAAGAUAUUGACAGCAUGUUAUUUAUUCACAAUCAAUUAAACGAGGGGGUCUGGAAACACAUUUUGGAGUGGGAAAACUUUAUGCAACCCAACGCUACUGGCAGAUGCCAACCGCUGCUAAAAAGCUUUCAAGGGCGGCCUCAAAAGCUGUCUCCAAAGGCCUGGUUUGCCCACAAAUUCCUAGGCGCCGAUAAGCCGUUUGAUAGACACGAUUGGGUGAUUGAGCGCUGCGGAAAAAAAGUUAGAUAUGUUAUUGACUACUACGAAAACGGAGUUGACCAAUCCGGCUCUCCAACUAUGAAUGUAUGUGUUAGGCCUGCAUUAGACAGCAUUGAAUCAAUUUUCUAUCGCUUCCGUCGAUUUCUUGACAGCUAA